AUGGCAACCGAUCUGAGGCUUGUUUAUCCAGCUCCUGGAGCUAAAACCUAUCAAAUAAAUCAUAAAUCUACUUCUUUAUUCUCUUCCUCAAACCACAAUAUUACACCUUCAAGAAAGUCCCACCAUAGAAUCCAAAGCAGCAAGUUUGGAAGCUUUCUUGACCUGAUCAAACCUGUAUCGGAACCCAACGUGUUGGAUUUUGAUCACCUCUCAUGGUUUGAUCCUGCUGAUCGUAGUCGUGUUGAUAGGAAGGAAUUGAAGACAAAGUUGUUGGAGAAAAGUGUUUCCAGUGGAAUUAGAUUUCGCAAGGCUAAGGGUUCGAAAGUGGAGCAUGAGGAGUUUGAGUCUUCAAUUGUUUGUGAUGAUGAGACUGAGCUAAAGGCUAGCUUAGUUGUUGAUGCAAGUGGUCAUGCUAGUCCUAUCGUUAAGUAUGAGAAGUCAAGAAACCAUGGAUAUCAGAUUGGUCAUGGCAUUUUAGCUGAAGAGGAUGGUCAUCCAUUUGACUUGGAUAAAAUAGUUCUUGUGGAUUGGAGAGAUCCUCAUCUGGGAAAUGAACCUAAUUUACGUGCUAGCAAUUCAAGAAUUCCAACCUUUCCGUACGUUAGGCCAUUUUAUUCAAACUUGGUAUUUUUAGAGGAGAUUUGCCUGGUUAGUAGGCUGGCGUUAUCUGACAUGGAGAUUAAGAGUAGGAUGGUAGCAAGAUUAAGGCAUUUGGGAAUCAGAGCGAAGAAUGUUGUAGAAGAUGAGAAAGCUUCAAUUCAUCCCUCCAAGUGUGAUGGCUUUUGGGGAAGACCACUUUAUCAUAGAGAUGUGGAAUGGCUUGUGGCCAUUAGAGAGGAUGUGUGCAAGGGAAUUUUAUUCUUCUGGGGUGGAAACUUUUUUGAAGCUUGA